UGUGACUUAAUAGAUGAGUUCAAUUUCAUUUGAGAAAAAGUUAACAAAUAAAGCUUGAACUGCUGAGACGAUCUUUCUGAUCUUGUACAAACAAAAGAGUAAUUUGCUAAUGAAAAGAGUUGUAAACUUUGAAGAAAACGAGGAUGCCGGCGGCAUUGGUUGGGAGUUCAAUAAUGAGCACACCAUAAAGCAUGAAGUCAAAAAGCAGAAAAAGAAUCACGAAGGAAAAUUGAAUGCUAAAUCAAAUCGGCUUGACAAGCAAGAUUUCACUAAAAAGAAGAAAGAAAUGUUAGCAUUCAGAAAGCAGUUACCUAUUUAUUCAGGCCGAGACGCUAUUAUAAAUAGUUUAAAAGAGAACGACACAAUUAUCGUGAUGGGUGAGACAGGUUCAGGCAAAACAACUCAAAUCCCUCAGUUUGUCGUAGAGGCAGGAUUGGCUUCCAAAGAAUUAGGUGCAGUAGCUAUCACCCAACCGAGAAGAGUUGCUGCCGUAAACCUCGCAAAACGUGUAGCAGAAGAAACAAUGUGCCGACUAGGGUCAAAAGUAGGCUAUACCGUGCGUUUUGACGAUACAUCUAGCCCGCAGACCAUUAUCAAAUACCUCACCGAUGGUAUGUUAUUACGAGAAAUUUUAUCUGACGAACUAUUAUUGCGGUACAAGGUUGUAGUUCUUGAUGAAGCCCAUGAGCGUACACUCCGUACAGAUAUGCUUUUUGGUAUGAUCAAAAAGAUCCAGAAAAUUCGACAAGAGAAAUACAACGCAGGCGAAACAGAUGUGCAGCCUCUCAAGAUUAUCAUCAUGAGUGCUACCUUAGAUGCCGAGAAGUUCAGUGAAUUCUUCAAUAACGCAAAAAUUUUAUAUGUAUCCGGUCGAUUAUACCCUGUGGACACUAUGUUUACCACCGAACCUCAAUCUGAUUAUUUGGACGCUUCACUUGUGUCCAUAUUUCAAAUUCACAUGAAUAACCCCAAGGGUGAUAUUUUAGUGUUUUUGCCUGGUCAGGAAGCGAUUGAAAGUCUUGCAGCGCUCGUCAACGAGUAUGCUUCACAACUACGCCCUCAUCAACAAGCUCUCAUGGCCUGCCCUCUUUUUGCCGCCCUACCGCCCUCUCAACAACAGAAAGUGUUUGAUCCUGCACCAGAAAAUACCCGUAAAGUCAUUCUGUCCACCAAUAUUGCUGAAACCAGUAUCACCAUUCCAGGCAUUCGUUAUGUGAUCGAUUGUGGUUUAGCUAAGCUUCGUGGCUUUAAUCCCAAAAUUGGCGUAGAGUCACUGUUAUUACAUCCGAUAUCCAAAAGUUCAGCAUGGCAACGUACUGGACGUGCAGGUAGAGAAGCAGCCGGUGUCUGUUAUCGAUUAUAUACAGAAAAUACAUUCCGUGAAUUGGAAGAUGAUACCGUACCCGAAAUUAGACGAUGUAAUUUAGCCUCUGCUGUACUAGCCCUCAAAGCCUCAGGGAUCAGUAAUGUGUUAGAAUUUGAUUAUAUGGAUCGGCCUUCUAGAUCAUCGCUUAUUCGAGCAUUAGAAGAACUAUACGCCUUGAAUGCUAUUGAUGAUACCGGAGAACUAUCUGAUUUGGGUAAGAAGAUGGCAGAGUUUCCUUUGGAUCCUUCCUUUUCCAAAGUGUUGAUACAAUCCAAAGAGUAUGGGUGCACUUUGGAAGUUGUGGCCAUCAUCUCUUUGCUUUCCGUGGAUACCAUUUUCUUUACUCCAUCUGAUAAACGAGAGCAGGCCGCUGAGGCCAGAAAGAAAUUUCUCCAUCCUGAUGGCGAUCAUCUCACUUUACUGAAUGUAUUAAAGUCCUAUUGGGAAGUCAAAGGCGAUGUGGAAUGGUGUAAAGAAAACUUUAUCAAUAGUAGAAACAUGAGGAUUGCGAUGGAAGUACGAAAUCAACUGAUUCGCUUUUGCGAACGUAUUGAUAUGGACACAAAUGCAAGCUGCGGCGCAGAGACAGACCAGAUUCUGAAAUGCUUCUUAACAGGUUUCUUUCAGAAUACCGCGCUAUUACAGCCUGAUGGUUCGUACAAGAGUGUGACAGGAGGUCAAUUAGUGAAAAUUCAUCCUGCAUCAGCUAUGUUUGGUAAAAGAGUAGAGGGUCUUAUGUAUAACGAACUGGUUUUUACAACCAAGCAUUAUGUGAGGGGCGUUUCAGCUAUACAGUCAUCUUGGUUACCUUUAGCUGCACCAAAAUACUUUAAUAACGUAAGGAAAAAUGAACCAUAAUAAAUCAGAUCACUUUGACUGAGUUUGAUGCAUGAUUCUUUGCCCUUUCCCCUUAAAAUCAAUUUGGCUAUUCUUUUUCUGUU